GGCGGUAUUUCCGUUUCCUCUCAAGAGUAAACUAAACUUCCUCAGAAGGCAGAUUAAGGAAUUCUUUUAUAUAGAAAACGCCUUUGCAUAAAUAAUAAUAUGGCAGAUAACCAAGAAGGUGGCUUUGAGUGGGCGGUUCGAGUUGGCGACCUAACUGUCAUCAGAAGCAAAAUUGAAGAAACUCCAACAUUAGCAAAUGAAAUUGGUAGAACUGGUAGACCACCACUUUGUGUCGCUGCAGAUUAUGGUCAUUUUGACGUCAUAAAGUAUCUAAUUGAAAGGGGAGCAAAUGUCAAUGCUUGCGACAGUCACGGAAUUACUCCCCUACUUUCUGCAAUCUACGAAGGACAUAAAGAAUGCGUUGAAUUAUUGCUCUCGAAUGGAGCAGAUAAAAGCAAAAAGGCGCCAAACGGGCAAUCCUAUUUAGAAUGCGCUGAAGAUUCUGUUAUUAAGUCUUUACUUAAGUAA